UUCGAGCCACGACUUUUCAAGUAGGAGGCAUUCUGUUGCCGAAGAGGACAAUCUUGUUCCAUUUUUAGGUUUGUUACCCCCUGCAAUCAUCUAAUCUCGAUAUCGACUACAAUGCCCUGGAGGAAUAUAUUCGACAGGAGCAGAUCAAGACUCAGAAGAUGAUGGCGACCUCAGAUAUUUCAAGUCCCAAAAACCUCCAAAGUUCGCAGGCGAGAACAAAGAGUUCAUCCACUGGCUUGCUGUCAAAGCUGAAGGGCAGCGGUUUAAGCACCUCUUUCUCAAGUUCGACACCACUGGCGUCAAAGGGUGCACAAGACACAGACUACGGAGCAAUCCCCACAAAGAACCCUUCUAAACCCGAGCGCAGCUAUAGUCUCUUUGGGGAGCGAGACAAAAGUCAGAUCCCUCUGGACGAUGCCUACAGAUUCACGCUCUAUUCGACCGCCUCGGUGACUGUACACGCACAGACGCUAGGUGAAAUUCCUCCGAGAGGUCAGACCCUGUCCAAUAUGCUUCAAGCGGGGUACUUUUGGUUGGACGUCCUGGCUCCGACAGAUGAAGAGAUUCGCAUGCUCAGUCAGGUCUUCAGAAUCCAUCCGCUUACGACAGAAGACAUUUUAAUGGAGGAAGGGCGGGAGAAAUGUGAGAUGUUUUUGAACUACUACUUUGUUUGCUUCCGGACCUUUGUACUGGACCCAAACAGCCAUAACUACCUGCAAGCAUUGAGCGUCUAUACCCUAGUGUUUCCUGCAGGAAUUAUCUCUUAUCACUUUAGGCCGGUACCCCAUUGUAGGAACGUCAGAAAGAGGAUCCGCCACUUGAAGGAAAGAAUAGAGGUGACACCAGAUUGGAUCAACUAUGCGAUUAUCGACGACAUUGUAGAUACCUUUGCACCGCUCAUCCGGCAAGUAGAGGCCGAGGUGGACAUGAUCGAUGAGCUGGUCUUGAUUUUGAAAGAGUCGGAACAAACGGACAUGCUACGGAGGAUUGGCAAUUGCCGGAAGCGUGUCAUGAGUCUGCUACGCCUUUUAACUGGCAAAGCAGAUGUCAUCAAGGGUUUGAUUAAGCGCUAUGAGGGUCGCAUGGGACGCAAAAGCAUGGGCGAGAUAGGACUUUUCAUGGGCGAUAUUCAAGAUCAUAUCAUCACCAUGCUUCAAAACCUGUCGCACUAUGAAAAGAUACUGUCGCGGUCGCACUCAAACUACCUGGCGCAGAUCAAUAUUGAGAUGACAUCUGCCUCGAACGAGACCAACGAUGUACUUACGAAGCUUACAGUGCUUGGCAGUAUUCUCCUGCCUAUGAAUCUAGUCACUGGUCUCUGGGGCAUGAACGUCCCUGUACCUGGCCAGGAAUCCGACGACUUGACAUGGUUUUUUUGGAUUGUCACAGCGAUCUUUAUGGCUGCCAGCUUGUUUCUUUUAAUUGCUAGGAAGACAAGGCUGCUUUGAGCAUUGAAUUAGAUCAGCCAGACAGUCGUAGGAAGACAAAU